GGUUAACGAAGGCGGUCUUUAAGGCAGUUUGUGACGGCAUUGCUAUUGUUCGUUGGGAAUUACUAAAUAACUCUUCUUCAUUUCCGUAAUAUAUCUGAAACUAAAUGCACUGCAUAGUGCAAAAUAUAGCUUACUGUAAGAUUUUGUGGAUUUCAAGUAGAUCUUAUCAAGUUUUUACGCUACCAAUUAAAAAUUCUGUAUAUGAAUAAAACGUGUCAGUCAACAUUUCAUACCAAAUUUUUCAGACUGAAUUAUAUUUAAAUUUUAUUACCGAUCUUCGUGUGCUUCAUCUUAGAAGUUUAGUUUUGUGAGCAAAUGUUAAACGGCUGAAAUGACGACUAAACAUAUUGGGUACUCCAAUCCACGAAAUUUCAAAGAGAAGAUAGAACUUCUCAAAAUGAAAGAAGCGGCGUCUACAGCAAACUUUGCUGCUGCUAUGAGAGACGCCCAGGAGAUCUGCAAGAUUGCACAUGCCUACGACGGCCUUCCAUUAUCACUUGAUCAUAAUCAUUUAUCUGGAAGUGUCCCGAAUCGCUCGGGAAUCCUAAAAGCAUACUCCCUGUCUAAUAUUAGUAAUACUGACUAUCAGACGUUAAAGACUGGGGAUAACUCUAGUCAGGAAACCCCGUUCUUCCAAAAAGAUAUGCCGGUCGAUCGUAAAGAUAUACAUGGCUCCAGUGUAUCUAGUUCUCAUACCAGUGUAUAUCCACCAGCAUCAAAUAUUCAUGAUGAACGAGUUGUUCAAAGACUACUACCUAGUAGUAAUGUACCAAUUAAAGAAACUAUUCCGGUUAAAUUAGAUGAAGAAUUAUCGCAAAAGUCUCAAAAUCCAAAUGUUUGUCCAUUUUUGUAUGAUCCAAUUGGUUCAAAAACUACCACAACAACAACUACAACACCUGAUACAUCUCAUCAUUUACAUGAACGUAAUACUUUUAUUCAUGAUACUGAUUAUGCAUCAUCUGAUAAUUACUUGUCAUCCUCUUGGUCUACUAUUCCACCUACACAACAUUCUGCUCCUAAAAGCUGUUUAGAUAAUUGGAAUAAUGAAUGUUCCAGUGUUGCAGUUGUUAGUCAACAUCAUAUUCAAAAGAAUUUUAAUUUAUUUACAAAUACUAAACCAUACUAUCAUAGUUUACAACCAAAAUCACAUAUUUCUACAAAUCCUUAUUUAUUUUCUACAUCACAUUCAAAUGUUGAAGUAGCAUCUACUACUAGUUUACUUACACAACAAUCAUCAUUAACGAAUUCAAGUCAAUAUACAUGUGAAUCAGGUUAUUUUAGUGCUGGUAUAUGUACACCAGUUGGAUUUCGAAGUUUUCCUCCUACAAAUUCUUUACAACAUCAAUUGAAAACACCAUUUUCUGCUAAUAUUACUGAACAGAUUAGACAAGCUCAAACACCAUAUUCAGUGGUUGAUUGGCGCAGGACUGCUUCUGAUUCAUCUAUCCACCAUACAUUAUCAGAUAUUCAAUUAAAUCCAAUUGAACAAUAUACAUAUGGUCCUGGGAAGACAGAAAAGUCACAUGUUUUAAGUCCUAGGUCUAUCAUGUCCAGUGAUCAUUACUUCAGGCCAGCAUGUAAACUGAGAGGAGUUGAAGAGGAAGAGACUUCAAAUAUUUUAACACCUAUGGAUGAUACAGAUACUAAGCGUGCUUGUAUUAUUCGACGUCAUCGUGAUACUCAUCUACUGGACAAUAGUCAUUUAGUUCAUACGGAACUACCAACAAAUGAAUCGCAUCUAAUGCCAGCAAAAAGACCCUAUACAUGUUCAACAGAGUCGCAGUCAUCAAACGGAUUUGACCCAGUUGCUUGUGAGAUGAAAAUGUGCACACCGCAUAUGGACAACAGUGGUAGUACUAUGGAAAAGAAAAACAUUGAUUCCACUGUCGAUACAGCAUUGAAACAUCACAAAAGUUGGAAAAUUCGUUCUAGUGUUUAUAAUCCUCAUAGUUUAGAACAACCAAUGAAUAAAUCAAUUUAUCCAUGUGUGUCCAAUAAAAAUAAUAAUACAAUGACAACAAAUUCAAAGUAUUCCGAACUCAUUGAUCCAUGUUCUUUACUAUCAACCUCAUCAUCUCAUAGUUUUCAUUUCAAUCAAGAUCAUUAUUCCUUUGGUGGUACACAUCUACACAAUUUACCUUUACAGCAUGCAGAAUCACAUAGAGGUAAUUUGGUUAAUAUGUUGACUGCAAGUGGAGGAGUUGCUAGAAGUGGAACAACUGGUUCAAGUGGUGUUGGCGUUUGUGGCAGUGGCGGUGGCAACAAUAGUAGUAUUCAAGAUAGUACAACAACAGAUGAUUUAUUUCUUCGUAACACUAGUACUGGUAAUAAUGAUUUGGAUGAAUAUUUACAACUCCCUAAUUUAAUUUGUAAGGCGGAUGAGUCUACCAAUCAUUUUGCUGGACGACGUGAUAGUUGUACUAUGACUGCAGAAAUACUUUCCACUUUGGCUAGUUUUCGAGAAGAAAUGGGAGAGUUUGGUGAUGGAAAAGUUCAUUCAGAUAUUGUUCCUGCUAGUUCCAAUUUUGGUCCCCAUUUCGUUCAUAUACCCAAUCGUACCGGUGUAUAUAAUCCAAUGCAUAACGAUGAUACCAAUCCUAUUAAAAAUGUCAAACAGAAAACUACUCAUAUACACAAUAGUAUGAUACCUUCUAACUCCUUAAUGCAUCCUCCUCGUACUACUACUAUUACUAAUAGUAUUAAUACUGCUACCACUACUGCUAUUACUAAUACUAAUACUACUGCCACUACUACUACUACUAGUAGUAGUAGUAGUAAUAUUUAUACAGUUGAUCGAUGUAGACUUCAAAGUGCGCAUUUUAUUCAAAGUCAUGGUGGGGAGAUUAACAACAAUGGAAUGUUAACAAAUUCUUCUACACCAACUGUUUAUUCUUCAUGUGUACAUCAUGUUGGUGAUAAAAUUGGCAUAUCUAUGUCACCAAAUGAUUAUCGCCUUUUAACUGAUCCUAGAUUAGUAAAUUAUGUAACUGAUAAAGAGACUGAAGCGAAAAUAAUCAAUCAAUAAUUGUAAUAUUAUUAAUAAUGUUCUUUUUGUGAAUAAUAGUAAUCAUUCAUCACGUAUUUAUUUCAUAUUGUAUUACCCCGGUGUGUGUGUGUGUGUGUAUUGGUUUGUUUGUGUUUAUUUUUCAUUCAGUUUGUAUGAGUUUGUUUUUAUGUGUUGACAAGCUUCUUUAUAUUCCUAUACAACAACCAUCAACAACAGUCCCAUAAUCAUCAAAACGUAUCCAGUAUGGAUAGUUUAACAAUUUGUUUUUCUAUACAAACUAUUUAUUUGAUUGAUUAGUUGAAUUAAACUUUGUUGUUCAUAUCAAAUAUUCAUUUAUGAAUGAUUAAUUGAAUACCGCCUUGUUAUCCCAUUCUGGAGAUCAAAUCAAACAAUAUACAUACACAGACACACACUUAUUAGUUACAUGCGCCAGUCAACUCUCUCUAUUUCUCUCUCUCUCUCUCUCUCGAUAUUUAUACAUUUGACAACUGAUUAGGGUUGUUACUUCUUUGCUAAGUGAUUGAUGAAUUAAUUGAUUCAUUUAUUCACUUACACUCAUUAGUAUUGGUACAAUGUACUUUCUUCUUUUAAGUGUUUUCAUUGAAUAUCCUCUUUAUAUAUUCGUCUUUGUAUCUUCUUGUUAUUCAAUUAUUUUAUGUAGUAUGUGUUUAUGUUGUUUAUAUUGGUGAUGUUGUGUUGUUUUGUCAACCGAUUCAUUCAUUAUCUGUUAUUCAAUAUUCUUGAUGACACCGGUAAAAGUAUGCAUAUAUAGGCAAACAUACUCAUAAAUUCAUAUAAAGUAUGUAAGUAUACACACAUAUAUAUAAACACACAACAAGAACAACAUUUUCGAGUCUAUUCAUGAAUAUUACCAUUGGUGAUUGUUCCUUUAUUCUUGUUUAUUUCUGUCUCUUAGUAAAACUGCUACUUAUUCCCAUCUCUCUCUCUCUCUCUAUCUCAAUCCCCUCCUCUUUCAUUUAUUCUGUACUUUUCUUUCCUAUCGAUUCAUCUAUUUACCUAUCUAUAUAUUGACCAACUGAUCGAUCAUUAGAUUGAUUGGUUUUACUGUUCCCGGUUAACACCUACCACCUAUUAGUUAUUGUUGUCAAGGUAUUUUGUUUUGAGUAUCUUUUUAUAUUUUUUUCUUCCUAUAACCCAUUAACCUUUUAUUUUUGUCUCUUGGUGUUUUGUCUUAUCUCUAUACACACAUACUUCGACAUUUGAACGUAUCUAGUUGAAUUUUUUUUUCUUUGUGUGUAUAUGUGUAAUAUGUGUACUGGUUACUAAUAUUUGUUCAUUAGUAAUUCUAUUCCCGGUCAUCCUCCUAAAAAAACGACCUUUUUUUCUUCAUUAAAACUUGCUGAUCAUUAUUGAUCAUUAGUGUUAAUGGAUUAUUUUGUAAUCGAUUUCUUCUCUGACUAUUAUCAAUAAUAUUUAAUAAUAUAAUCGAUAGAAUUGAUGUUAUUACUUCCUUAUUUACUUGUUUUAACCUCUUGCCAUUAUUAUUAUUAUCAUUACUGUAUUUCUGUACGAUUCGUAGUAGUACCAUAUAUACUAUACACACAUGAUUGUACUACUUUGAUCAGUGAUUUAUUUAUUUAUUCAUUCAUUUAGACGUUGACUUCUACUACUUCUCUGUGGUGGUUCUUUUUUUGUAAUUUUAAAGAAAAGAAAAGAAAAAUAAAUACAAAAUCGCACAAUGAUUCAUUGAGUUAUGUGUAUAUAUAUGAAUGUGUGUUUGUGUGUGUGUGUGUGCGUAUGCAUGACUGUCGGUUGUGUAUUAAUAGUGCUGUACGGCUUUGUGCAUACAUGAGUAGAUGCUUCUAUGCUCUAACUGAUUUUAUCAUUGGUAUUACUGUUGUACAAGUCUUGUUGGAUAGACGCUUUGUUUUUCUUUAUAGAAAAAAAAGAACACCUAUAAACCAUGUUUAUGUAAUGGACAAUAAUGUUCUAUUAUAGUUGACUAACAAAGAGAAAACAAAAAACCCCACAUUACUGCUUAUGGUUUCUCCUUGACUUUAGACUUUCAGUUAUCUUAUUUCUUUUUUGUUUACUUAUGUGCGUGUUUAUGUAUGUCUUCCUAAUUGAGUUGUCCUACUUCUAUUUCAAUCAAUUAAUUGAUGUGCUGUGUAAGUGUCCGGUUCUCUUUCUCUCUCUCUCUCUGUGUGUGUGUUGAAUGGGUGACCGCUUAUUUCUAAUCCUUCUUCCAAGCAGUAUUGUUGUUGUUGUUACUGCCAACACCAUCGUCAGUCUUUUUACUGCUGAUCAUUGUUAACACUGGUGACGUUAGUGCACAUUUUUCCUCCCAUUAUUAUUAUUAUAUUUGUAAAAGUGAAUCUUUCAUAAUCAUCUCAUCACACAUAUAUUUAAUUGAAGUUUAAUAUUAUUUAUGUUAUUACUUCUUUUAACCUACAAUAACCUACAAUAUAUUGUCCUCUAUCAUCUCCUCUUUACAACAAUUACUUCUUUGCUAUGGGUUCUUUUAAAGUUCAUCUUCUAUUUAACAUUUAUUGUUAACACUAAAGAAAUUUAUUCGUUUACAAUUAUAUUUAUGGGUUUUGGUGCAGCACAAAUAGAAAACUUCUAAGGUUAGGUUAUAGUGUAUGUUGUUGUUGUCGUCGACGUCGUCGUCGUUUUCGAUAUCUUCUUCUCUUCCUCCUCACCCUCCUCUCUCUCUUUCGCACACACACACACACACACAAAGAAGAACAUGCACUAUUUGGUUUCAUUAUUUAAAUAAUAAAAAAAAAUCAACUAUGAUAUAUUUAAUUUAACUAUUCAUUGUUUCCAAUUUUUCCCCCUCCCCCUCUCUUUCCUGAUCUUUGGUUAGUGUUCUGUCUUGUUUUGUUUCUCCUAGUGACUAGUGUGUAGUUUUAUUGAAGUGCAUGUAUGUAUGAUGAGUAUGUUUUCUUUUAUUUAAAUAAAGAUUUAAUUUAUUAAAUAUAAUAUAAAUAUUGAUAAUAUUUGUUAACAAAAGAUAAAAUUGUAAUAAUCAUUUCUUAUUAA